AGCCAUUCAAUUCAAUUCACUUCUCUAAACAAAAGCUCAUAUACAAAGGCAACAAUGGUGGCUUUGGCCAAGCCAGCAAUCCAACAGUUUCCAUUCACAAAAACUUCUUGCAAAACCUCCACAUUGUUCCCCGCAAUCCCUUUAAUCGACCUCUCAAAACCUGAUGCCAAAACCCUCAUAAUCAAGGCAUGUGAAGAGUUCGGUUUCUUCAAAGUCAUCAACCAUGGAGUUCCCCUGGAAUUCAUUUCCAGGCUCGAAGCUGAAGCCGUUAAGUUCUUCUCUUUACCUCUCCCGGAGAAAGCACAAGCCGGCCCUCCCCGCCCCUUCGGCUACGGCAACAAAAGUAUCGGACCAAACGGUGACGUGGGUUGGGUUGAAUACCUCCUCUUCACCGCCAAUCAAGAGUCUAAUCUCCAACGAUUCGUUUCACUUCUCGGCAAAAAUCCGGAAAAGUUCCGUGGCGCUUUGAAUGAUUAUUUAUCGGCGGUGAAGAAAAUGGCGUGUGAGAUUUUGGAACUGAUGGCGGAUGGAUUGAAGAUUCAACAAAGGAAUGUGUUCAGUAAGCUUUUGAUGGAUGAACAGAGUGACUCUGUUUUCAGGCUGAAUCACUAUCCGCCAUGUCCUGAUAUUCAAUCUCUGAAUGGAAUUAACAGCAAUAUGAUUGGAUUUGGAGAACACACAGACCCUCAGAUUAUUUCAGUGUUGAGAUCCAACAACACUUCUGGCUUGCAAAUUUCUCUCAGAGAUGGGAGUUGGAUUUCAGUUCCUCCUGAUCAAAACUCCUUUUUUAUCAAUGUUGGAGACUCAUUACAGGUGCUGACCAAUGGGAGGUUUAAAAGUGUGAGGCAUAGAGUUCUGGCAAACAGUUCGAAAUCAAGAGUUUCAAUGAUUUAUUUUGGCGGACCACCAUUGAGUGAGAAAAUAGCUCCAUUGCCUUCACUCAUGAAAGGCCAUGAACAAAGCUUGUACAAAGAGUUUACAUGGUUUGAAUACAAAAAAUCUGCAUACAGUUCAAAACUUGCAGAUAACAGGCUGAUCCACUUUGAGAAAAUAGUUGCCUAAUGUAAUUCAAUACUCAAAACAAUGGCUUAGAUUAAGAGUUAUACUUUGUAUUAUCUUGUAAUUACCUUUCUUGUUUAAUGCAUAAACACAAAAUCACGUUUCUUAAUACAAGAAUAUGCUUUUGUUAAA